GGAAAAUUCAGACAUACAGACCAAAUAGGUAACGUAACCGAAACGUGUGGUCUGAAGCAGCCACACCACGUGGUGCAAUUUCAUGUGGACAGUUCGUUGCUCUCUUCAAUGGACCCCUCUCUCUCUCUCACCUUCCAAUCCCAAUGGAGAUCCCAACGAAUCUUCCUCUCUCUCUUCCCAAUUCAUUUCUCAACUUCCAAUCAGAGUUCGCAUUCCACAAGCAAAAAAAACUCGAUUAAUUUUUAUCUAUAUAUGUGUUGAUUAUUUUAUUCCGAACAGUAGCAGUGAGAGAAAAUGAGGGCUCUGAAUUCCCAUUUCGUGCUGAUCGAUCUUCACACCUCAUGGUGCUCAGCUCAGCAAAUCCCCAAUUCAACCUUCGCGUACCUGCACAAGUCCGCGGCUCCUUCCUUCUCUGCGGCCGUUCGUCGAACACGUGGUGGGCGGGGGAGGAUCUCGUCGUCCCGAGCUCCAUCGCCGGAGGCGAGGUCGCCGGAGAUUCGAAGGCCGACGGCGUUGGGAAAUGGCUUCUCGUCGGCCUCCUCCAACACGGCCUCCGUGUCCAGCUCUGGCCGCCGCGGCGAUGAGGUUGUCUCGGACAUGGACUUGUUUCUCGAGAUAGUGCCUUUGAGGAUGAGGCACGAGUUGUUUAGGCACGAGAAGAUUGGGGAGCUGAUCGAGGUGGUGAUGGACUUGGGGAGGAAGCCGCUUGCUCGAUUUCCUUCGGGCGAUUCGGUGAUCUCGGAGCAACCGGUGAUGCCGGAGGAUCUGCUCCAUGCCAUCUCUAAGGUGGGUGAGUUCUCUGAUGACAACCGUUCCGGGAUUAAUCACUCUCUUCAUCGUAUAAGUGCCAUUCGAAAUCGUAAAAUGCAAAUUAUAGGGCUCACAUGCCGGGUGGGUCGAGCUGUAUCUGGUAGCGCUGACAUUAUACGCGACUUAGUUGAAAGUGGAGGAUCCAUAUUGGUUAUAGGGCCUCCUGGAGUUGGCAAAACAACCUUAAUCAGAGAAACUGCCAGGAUCCUUGCGGAUGACCAGAAGAAACGUGUCGUGAUUGUUGAUACAUCAAAUGAAAUUGGUGGCGAUGGGGACGUUCCUCAUUCUGGUAUAGGCCGUGCUAGAAGAAUGCAAGUUCCAAACGUUCACUUGCAACAUGAUGUAAUGAUUGAAGCAGUUGAAAAUCACAUGCCGCAAACCAUUAUAAUUGAUGAAAUUGGGACGGAGCUUGAAGCAUUGGCUGCCAGUACAAUAGCUCAAAGAGGGGUUCAGCUUGUUGCCACAGCUCAUGGGAUUACUAUCGAGAGUAUCAUAAAAAAUCCCUCAUUGCAGACUCUUGUUGGUGGAAUAGAGAGUGUGACUCUUGGUGAUGAAGAAGCACGAAAGAGGAAAGUGCAGAAAACUAUUCUAGAGAGGAAAGGCCCUCCGUCAUUUACUUGUGCGGUUGAGAUUAUAUCGAAAACUGAGUGUCGAGUUCAUCACAGAUUAGAUGCAACUGUAGAUGCUAUACUGGCAGGGAAAUCUCCGUUGUUUGAAGUCAGGCGCAUAGAUCCCGAAGAAGAUAAUUCCUCGAAACCAAUUCAGCCUACUGAAGACAACCAUAUCGGAGAUGCAAAGGUGAUAACACCUCGGAAAUCUAAGUUGAUUGAAGCCCAUGGAGUAGACGAUGAAGCUACUACUACAUUGAAAUUGAGCGAACCUGCUGAAGAACACCAAGUUCGAGACGUUAGGGCAACAAAAGCUGUCGAAAAGGAACAUACUAACAUAGAUUCUGACUUGGAAGAUGAAGAUUAUUCUCCCAAGUCCAAGAAAGUGCGUCCUAACAUAUCUCCAGUCAGAAAGAGCUCCCCGUUAUCCGUUUAUACCUACAAGAUCCAAGAAGCUGAUUUAUUACAAGUAGCAGCUGUGAUGGGGCUCGAGGAAAAAGUAGAUGUUACGGAUGAUAUUGGUUCGGCUGAUGCGAUUCUGGCAUCGAGUCACGAAAUGAAACAGAACCCUUGGAUCCGCGGUGUGGCGAAAUAUCAUCAGCUGCCCGUAUUUGUUAUCAAGUCCACCACGAUGGCGCAAAUGGUGAAGGCCGUACGGAUGAUUCUUGAAAUGGAUUCCUUCACUUUUACGCAGAAGAAAUCCAUUACUACUUCCGAUAUUGAGGUUGAAGACGACGCUCCAAAGAGGAGACCCUCGUUGGAGGAGAUUGAUGCGUUGGAGGAAGUUCGACUUGCUAUCGAGUACAUAGUGAUUCCUGGUGGUGAGCCGGUGGAGCUUCUCCCCAGGCGCUCCGACAUCGUCGCCCGACAGCUCGAGCUAGUGAAAAGCUAUCAGCUAGCUGUGGAAAACUCAGGAACCGAAUCUAACCCGAGGCUGCAAAUCCUUCCCCACAAACUGAGCAAGAGAGCUUCGAAGCCCUCGAGUUUUGUGAAGGUGAAGAUGGGCCGCUCCGACCCCGCCUCAGGCGGCGAAGGAGGGACUAGUGUUGCUAGGCUGCCAUUCCUGCCUGAAUGAAUUGUUGAGGCAGAAGAUGAAGCGGAGAUACACCUCAACCUGUGGUUGCUCUAGUGUACAACCAGCUCUUGUACAGUUGUGUAUUUUUUCUACUCUUUUUUUUUUUUUUUCCCCUCAUCAUUUCUAACUCAAGUGUAAAAGGUAUUCUCGCCAUUCAUUGUGGUAAAGUUUAUUGUACAGAAAAUGCGAAUUAAAUGAAUUUUUUGGGCAUUGGAAUUUGCCUGAAACUCAAGAAUAAUAUUAUCACACAAAAACGUAGAUUUGCGAUUUGGAUUUAUUGUCGGUCUCGUUUGAUGAGUUUUGACACGUUAAAUAGUUUGACACUAUUUUUUGUACAUAUAAAGCAAUGCAAAAAUUUGUUAGUGUUUGGCAUUUAUUGACCAAGAUAAAGCUUCGAGAUUAUUAGAAAAAAUACAUCUAACUAUAUGUACAACAAAAUCCAUGUCGGAUAAAUUAUUUGUCGUUAUUUUUUAUUAGAAAUUUAAAUUCAAAGAAAAAAGAAUUGAUUAAUUAUUUAUCUAUUUGAAAGAUUGAAAUUAAUUGCACCCUCCCAUUUAACCUUUUAAAAAAAUUAAAAAUUAAAAGGAUGCUUGCCCGUCUAGUAGGGUUUGAUAGGAAAACCUAAACCACACGAGAUAAGAAUAUUCUCUCAGCUCUCAAAAUUCAACCUUUUCGAAUUAGGUUCCUAAUUUCUGGCAACCCUAAUUUCCUCUUUUGCUUUCUCUCACGCACGCCACCAUUCUGGUUUUUUCUGAGCCAGAGAUUUGGUCGAGAUGGGGGACAAGGACCAAGAUUACCGUAUAUUCGUCGGAGGUUUAUCGUGGGAUGUUACUGAGCGGCAGCUCGAAAGUGCUUUUAGUCGUUUUGGAAAAAUUAUGAGCUGCCAGGUUACAAUUUCCUUGAAUUAUUAUGCCGUGUGAAAUUUUUUCACGUAUGAUUUAUCCAAGGUUGUUUUGGCGUGAUACCCGUACUUUAUCUGUGUGUUUGAGUUUAACUUUAGAUUUGCUUUAUUUAUUUUUUUGUUUUUCAUUUUUUAUUUUCUCCGGGAGGAUAGUCGAAGGUGUUUGCCUGUUGCAUUAAUUUCCUCUGAAUUAUCACUUCUUCUUACGAUUUUCCUGAAUUUCCAUUUACCAAAACGAUAAACUAUAACUUUCUGGAGAUUGGUUGGGGGUUCACCUGAUGUUGUGGAGGUGGUCUUUAUGGUUUAUAAUGUUAGAGUUUCAUUACGGAGCUGUGCUUGUUCCUGUUUGUUUGUGUAAUAAGUUACUUGAAGGUUUUAUUUCUGUGUUGAAGGGGUGGUGCUUUUUAAGCCUCCUGUGUUAAUUGAAUUAUGCGGUUCACAUAAUAUUUUUAAGGUGGUAUUUAGGGUUUAAGAUGUUAAGUUUGAUUGCAGACUCCAUUCCUUUUUGUUGUCUAAUAUGUUGUCUGCACAUUCUGUGCAGCUGUUAAUAAUAUUUUUUUGAAAUAAUUUUAUUAUUGUUCUGGUUAGAUUACCUCUUUCCUCAUCACUGUAUUAAACUCAUACUGUUCUUUUUGUCUUUCUUACACUGAGAUGCCUUUUGUAUGGGAUUUGGAGGAACUUUGGGUCCAUUGGAUUUCCAGCACUGCUGAAGUACAGAUUCUGUUGUGUUUCUGGCGAUACAAUCGGCUAUUUUUUAGAAUUGGAUAUGGGCACUGCCUAGCAGUUUUAGUUGGGAAAGUCUUAAUCUUCUGCUCAGUGGAUUUUGCCGCUCCUUUGUUCUGAUGAGGCUGUUUUUAAAUCUUUUUUUCUCAGGAGAAAGUAAUAGGUUAGACUCAUGAAGCAUAAGAUGCAAUAAGUGUUGGAUACUUUUUUACGAAGUGGCAUUCGUGACUAUUUAUUCUAUGGGCAGUAGUUUGCAUUCUACCUUUAAGGGAUUCGAGUAGGGAUGCGACCAGCUAGCUCCAUAAUUGGGCACACUUCUUGAAGAUUUCACUUAUCCGUAUCUAAACUCAGUUGUUUUCAUCUUGGCGCACUUUCCAGAUUAUAGGGACAGAAAUUAAAUCUUUCCAUAUGAUAUGACCACAGUGUAUUUAAGUCAUCUGCCAUUUUCUGUAAGUGUAUUCUCUCAUUCUUGAUACCAUAAAAGAAAAAGAAAAUUAAUCAAGAAGAAGAAAGAAACUUGCUUGAGCUCUUUUAAGGCAGCCCAUCCGUAUCUAGCACUGUCAGUAAAAAAUGUAGCUGCAAAGGCUGUUGUUGGUGGCCGUUUUUGUAGAGAAUCCAGAGGAAAAAGGGUUGACUUUGGCCUGUUUAUUUCCAAGAAACUCUGCUUACCUCUAUGAGCUUUCAAAGUGUUCAGGUAACAGAUUUGUGGCCCAAGCAUUCAUGAAAUGUUUUCUCAGAGCUGGGAAAACCCAUUAUUCCCUUAACCACAGUUGAGAAGUCUCUUAUGUCUCUGUUUCUUUUCCAUGAUUGAAGUCCGUGCCUCAACUAGCAUUUGCUUUGUAUAUAUCUGCUGAUGAUGUCAAUCCGUGUUCACUUAUCUUUUAGAGCGUAUAAUGGGGUGGCUGAUUAAACUGGAAAAUAUGAUAAUUUAAAUCUUUUACAUGGAACGGAAGUAAUGUUGAGAGAAAUCAGUUUUUGUCUGAAACAAGAAUGAAUGAAGCUCAGCUGAUUCUUAUUAGGGUUAAGUUGUCUGAGGCAGUGUCCUUAUAUGGUCGAUGUGUCAGGUUGAAUUUUUUUCAUAAUGGGUUCUAUAAGCCUUUGUAACUGGUGAACGAGGAUGAAGCUUCUGCAAGAUGCCCUGGUUCAUGCUUCAGAAUAACAUUGCUAACAGGUGUUGUCCAUGAGUCUACAAAUGAUGCUUUUACUGUUGCAUGGAGUGUUAGUGUUGUGCGGAAGAAAAGAGUCUUGCUCGAGAGCUUAUGCUUUGGUCGUGCUUCCUUUUAGUUGUUUCACAGAAGAUGUGUUCAUUUCAGAUUUUCUAUGGCAGGCAUGAAAAUUGCAGUGACUUUUAGGCAGAUGUCAUGACGAGAUCACAGGGAAAGUUAUUCCUGAGGAAAGCUUUUUACCGACAAUUUGGGAUCUUUUUCUUUUUGAAUUCUGGCACUUAUCCCGUAGCUUUUCUGUAACCAGUAGAUAUACAUCUUUGAAUAAGUAUUGAAGUUGAUUCCCAGAAAGAGUUCUCCUUUAGGUUGCAACUUAGAACUUCAUCUCUAACAUGAAUUACAAACUGAGUCAGCAGCAUAACCGAACAUUAUUUUUUUUUGAAUUUUUUUCGAGUGUGUGAUCGUAGAUGCCUUGAGCUCAUUGUUCUGGGAUGUGUCAAUACAUCUGAAUGAGAAGUUCUCAGAUGCGUAAAUGAAUCAUGGAGAUCUUUUCAGUACAGUACACUCAGAAUAAGAGAUAUCGAGCAGCCAUCUGAUUGUUACAUUGUGAUUCAGUUUCCUAUCCUUGUUUGGUUGCAUGAUUUUCUGUUACUGGUCUUUGUUUUUUGGAAUUUGAGAGGUCUGAAUGAAACCUAAUAUCAGAUGAUGGUAUUGGUAUCUACAGUUCUGCUGAUUCUUCUACUCAUGUAAGAUCUUCUUGCACUAUAAACACGAUACAUAUAUGCAUUCUGAGCUAGCCCUGCUCACAUUUAUUGUAAUGGCUUGAUGGCUUUAGGCAUCUAUACUAAAUAGGCAAAUUGAAACCCCUACAUUGUGUUUCUUGUACUGGAUUUGAUUAAGGAAAUUAUGUAAUUGAUUUACAUCACACAUCAUUGUAGAUAUAUUUGAUCAACUUGAUUGCUCCUCCUUAGAAUCACAUAUUAUCAUGGUAAAGGUUCUGCAAUUAAAUUAUUGGUGUCGAUCACAAUAAUUCACUCCUUGUUCAGACUCGGUAUCUUUUAUUAUGUAUAUGACAAUCAUAUUUUUGGGAUAUUUGCUUGACGUUUUGCAUUGGCUGUUGUUUGGUUUGGUUAAAUCUUACAAAUAGGCCUUCUGUAGGUUGUGCUUGAAAGAGAUACGGGCCGUCCUCGGGGAUUUGGCUUCUUGACCUUUGCGGACCGCAGGGCAAUGGAGGAUGCAAUUCGGGAUAUGCAUGGUCGAGAACUUGGAGACCGAGUAAUCUCUGUUAACAAGGCCCAGCCAAAGGGAGGUGAAGAUCAAGGGCCUCGCUAUGGAAGUUAUUCUGCAGGUGGAAGGGGGGGUUAUGGUGGAAGAGAUAGACCUACAGCAGGACAGGAUGACUGCUUCAAAUGUGGCCGACCUGGACAUUGGGCUCGAGAUUGUCCAUCAGCUGGAGGUGGUGGUGGUGGUCGAGGAGGUGGUCGCCCAUUCUCUCCUCCACGUUCUAGAUAUCCUGGGGCUGCCACCCGUGGAGAUCGUUAUGCAGAUAUUCGCGAUAGGUACGUGGAUGAUAAAUAUGACAGAGGUCGUUAUGAUGAUAGAGAUCGUUAUGAAAUCAAAGAUGAUCGGUACGGGAGCCGUGAUCGAUAUGCUACCGACAGGUAUUCUUACUUGUAGUUUCUUAACUGUCACGAGUGUCUGCAAGUACAACAACAUAGUGAUUGCUUGCUCAUAUUGGCAUAUACCCAUCUGAUCUCAGGUACCCCCCACCUGUCGACCGAUUCCCAGUCGACCGGUUCCCCCCUACCGCUGAUCGUUACCCAGUGAAUGGGUACGGGAAAGACCGAGCUUAUGAUAGAGAGGCCGGACCAAGAGGUAGUGGUGACAGAUACGGAGGUGGAGUGGCGCCUGCACGAUAUGAUGGAAGAAGCAACUACCGCGAGAGGCCGGGUCCAUAUGACCGGCCUCGUAAGGGAGGGCGCCCGCCUUCCUUAGACCGGUACUGAAUCACUGUAUCUCCUGCCUAACAAGACUUGUAUCUGUAAGGCAUAGCACACAGUGUAUGAACUGGUAUUUCAGCUUUGCUUUAUUAUGUAGCGUUGUGCUCGUAGCAUGUGUUCGAAUUGGUGGAUGGUUUAUGUUGAGUUGGUUUUUAUUUA